AUGGAUGAGUUGGCCCCUAUACGUGCUCAAGGAAAGUCGAAACGCAGACUCUCAGAUGUGACAAAUGAGCACUAUUAUCAUGUUAAUAUUUUCUACACGAUUAUUGAUAUGCAAAUGCAAGAACUUGAUUGUCGCUUUCCUAAGAUUGGUACAGAUUUACUUAUUGGAGUUGGUUGUUUGAAUCCUGCUAAUUCAUUUUCCUAUUACAACAAAGAGAAGGUAUUCAAAAUGGCAAAGUUGUAUCCCGAUGAUUUUGAUUAUUUUGCCUUAGAUUGUCUUAGUUUUGAGUUGGAUACUUUUAUUGAUAAUUUCUCUACUGAUAAGCGAUUUUCAAGCUUAAGUAUUCUUGGUGAAUUCUCCAAAACAUUAGUUCAAUCUGGUUUGUAUAAGUCUUGCCCACAUUUUUAUAAGCUUUUGAAGUUGACGUUGAUUUUGCUAGGAUCUACAGCAACGGUUGAAAGAGUAUUCUCAACAAUGAAGAUUAUCAAAACUGAGUUGCGCAACAAGAUAUCUGAUGAGGUUUUAAAUGAUACUGCUAUAACUUAUUUUGAAUGUGAUUUGUUUUAAAAUUUGUCAAAUGAUCAUAUUAUGCGCGGCUUUCAAAUAUGAAAACUCGACGUGGACAAUUACCUUAAUCAAUUCUUGUUUAAUGCAAUUUUUAACGUA